AUGGCUUCUCGUGCGCUAGCGGCCAUCAUCUUCGCGGCUUCCGCGCUUGCCCAUGGAGGCCACGAGCAUGUCCCCGAGGGCUCGGCUGUCUCGGAGGAUCCGAUCGACUCCACGCUAUGGAUUCACAUGAUCUUGAUGGGCUUUGCAUUCGGUGCUAUCUUUCCGUUUGGCAUGGUCCUGGGCAUCGUCCGCUCCCGCUGGCACGUCCCCGUUCAAAUAGUCGGCACCGUCAUCGCCGUCCUAGCCUACUUCCUCGGCCACGCGCACAAAGGCCGCCAGUUCGGCAAAAACGCCCACGCCUCCUUCGCCAACUGGCUCAUGCUCCUACUCGUCAUCCAAGUCGUGCUGGGCUUCUACCUGAAACUACACCUCGUGAAAGCAGGCCAAGCGCGCAUCCGAUGGAUCUUCGUGCUGGCGCACGGGGUCGUCGGCAAGAUCAUGCCCGUCGUCUCCUGGGCACAGAUGCUCUUCGGCGGUAUUGCCGCGCUGGGAUUCUGUCAGGAUGAUCAUAUGGGACAGUGUCUUGCGCAUUUUAUUAUGGGGUCUGCAUUUAUUGGGUAUGGUAUUUGUCUGACCAUCCUCUUGCUUGUGGGUCAGUUCUGGUUGCGACGCACUGGGCGCAGUCAGGAGUUUUUUGACUCGCUCAUCAUUGCGGCUUGGGGGUGUGUUAAUACUUUCACUGAGCAUCGGUGGGGUCAGCCGUGGGCGCAUAAUGAUCUUCAGCAUACGACUAUGGGCAUUGUUUGGUGGUGUGCUGGGUUGUUGGGCAUGUGGCUUAGUCGAAAUCGCUAUGGACGGCCGAAGCGCAACCUUAUCCCUGCCAUUGUUAUUCUUAUGACGGGUUAUGCCAUGUCGGCUCAUCCGCAGACUCUCAUGAUCUCCACUAUGAUCCAUUCGAUUUUCGGGUAUACCCUCAUGGCCGCCGGUUUUACUCGGAUCAUUGAGAUCUCCUUUGUCCUCCGCGACAAGAGCGCGCUGAGCAUGAAUGGGGCGGAGCCGAAUAGCUUCCAGUACUUGCCUCCAUUCCUCCUCUAUGCCUCCGGCUUCCUCUUCAUGGGCGCAACAGAAGAACAAAUGAAACUCCUCAGCGACGCAGGCAUCACACACGUCUCCUACGUGCUGAUCUUGUACAGCAUCGCCUUUAUCCUCUUCCUUUUCGUCAACGUCCUUCUCCACAUCUACGCGAUCCACGCCUGGCCAGAAGAAGACUCCGCCGAAGAAGAGUCCGACCCCGAAUCCCGCGGUAAAUACACCAGUGCAAACGGCUUGAAUGGUCGUGCCCGCUCGCAAUCUGAGGCGCAGCGUAUCCAGGAUGCGGAGACGUUUGAACUGCAGGGUCUUAUUAGUGAUGAGGAGGAGGAGGGGUCUUCGAUGGGGCCGAGGAAGAGGGGGGAGGAGAUGGGGAAGGAGCAUUGA